GAAGCCGCUGCCUCCCGGGAGCCGGCAGUGCGCUCCGGCUCCGCACCCGACGCGCGUCGCCCGCAGUCCCCUACCGCGCGGCCCGCGCCCCGCCGGCUCCCGUCACUGGGUAAGAGAAGACUGGAAGCAUGUCAGAGUUUUGGUUAAUUUCUGCCCCUGGCGAUAAGGAAAAUUUGCAAGCUCUGGAGAGGAUGAAUACUGUAACCUCCAAGUCCAACCUGUCUUAUAAUACCAAAUUCGCUAUUCCUGACUUCAAGGUGGGGACCUUGGAUUCCCUGGUUGGCCUCUCUGAUGAGUUGGGGAAACUCGACACCUUUGCUGAAAGCCUCAUAAGGAGAAUGGCUCAAAGCGUGGUGGAAGUCAUGGAGGACUCAAAGGGGAAGGUCCAGGAGCACCUCCUGGCAAACGGAGGCUUGAAAGAAAAAAUGAAAUGUUUAAAGAUUGACUUAACAUCCUUUGUGACCCACUUUGAAUGGGACAUGGCCAAAUAUCCUGCCAAGCAGCCGCUCGUGAGCGUGGCGGACACAAUAGCCAAGCAACUGGCGCAGAUCGAGAUGGACCUGAAGUCUCGAACGGCUGCCUACAACACUCUGAAGACAAACCUGGAGAACCUGGAAAAGAAAUCCAUGGGGAACCUCUUCACCCGGACACUGAGUGAUAUUGUGAGCAAAGAGGACUUUGUGCUGGAUUCUGAAUAUCUCGUCACACUUCUGGUCAUCGUCCCCAAACCAAACUACUCACAAUGGCAAAAAACCUACGAAUCUCUCUCAGACAUGGUGGUCCCUCGAUCAACCAAACUCAUUACUGAGGACAAGGAAGGGGGCCUUUUCACUGUGACUCUGUUUCGAAAAGUGAUUGAAGAUUUCAAAACCAAGGCCAAAGAAAACAAGUUCACUGUUCGUGAAUUUUACUAUGAUGAGAAAGAAAUUAAAAGGGAAAGGGAGGAGAUGGCCAGACUGCUAUCUGAUAAGAAGCAACAGUAUCAAACUUCCUGUGUUGCUCUUAAAAAGGGAUCAUCCACCUUCCCGGACCACAAGGUUAAGGUAACCCCGCUAGGUAACCCUGAUAGGCCCGCUGCGGGGCAGACCGACAGAGAGAGAGAGAGUGAGGGCGAGGGUGAGGGCCCCCUGCUGCGCUGGCUCAAGGUGAACUUCAGCGAAGCCUUCAUUGCCUGGAUCCACAUCAAGGCCCUGAGAGUGUUUGUGGAGUCCGUGCUCAGGUAUGGACUACCAGUGAACUUCCAGGCAGUGCUCCUGCAGCCGCAUAAGAAGUCAUCCACCAAGCGUUUAAGAGAGGUUCUAAACUCUGUCUUCCGACAUCUGGAUGAAGUAGCCGCUACAAGUAUACUGGAUGCAUCUGUGGAGAUCCCGGGACUGCAACUCAAUAACCAAGACUAUUUUCCUUAUGUCUACUUCCAUAUUGACCUUAGUCUUCUUGACUAGAGAGGCCAGCUGGCACCUGUCUCAUGUUCGUGCAGAUUAUUACAGACACCUCUUUCCUUUAGCCAGAGAAUGGUUCAAAUGUUUUACAGAACUAAGAUCUUUUUCAGAGAAAUUGCUCACAAAAGUUAGUGACAGUUGUAUUUAUUUUUUUAAGUUACAAUAAAAUGCUCUCAAGUCUUUUGAAUGUUCUAACAAAUUCAAAACUUCAUUUUCUGAAUGUUUUACAUAAAUACGAACUACCUGUUCGCAUUGGUAACCUACUGCUGUAUUUCAUGUCUUAAUGGCUAUUUUGAGGUUCGUAACAACAUAGAAAGCCUUGAACUGUAUAACCAGCUAGAUUCCUUAAUAAUUAGUCACUAGAGACAGCCCAAAGACAAAUAUUGGGCAGGAAAUCAGUUAUCAAUCACUGAGCCCGGUUUCCAUGUAAAAUCUCUGUUGCGGUGGGCAUAGAUGGCACCAUCUGAAGCAAAGAGGUCUUGUUUUUUGUUUAAAAAAGUUUAUGGGGAGGAAAGACAUCUGUGUAUCACUUCAAAAUAUUGAUUUACUGCUAAACAUCACUCUGAACUUAUGAUGUGGAUACUAAUUUCAUACAUUUAUUGGCAUUGUCCAAAAUAUUUUAUUCAUUAAUGGAAAAAGCCAUUAAUAUUCAAAUGAAGGAAUCACAUUAAAAAAAGCCCAUACAUAAGAAACAGCCUCCAAGAACAUUCAAGCAGCAGUCAAAGAGAGAAAAAUGUUUCGACAGCCAAGUUUUCUUCAAAAUAUUAUGUGACAGAAUACGACUCAAUUCACCGGCUAUAACAAUUCAUAGAAUUUUUCAAUGUUUUCUUGAGAUGCAAAAGUUCACUGUUGCAGUGUUUUCAAAUGACCAAUCAAGUACUACUUCUUGGUUAAAAGGCCACUGGUAGAGUCAUCUGAUUGUAGAGAAUGUCCCU